AGCUGUUGGUCUUCCAAAGCGCAACCCAGCUCUUGGGAUUGGUCGACGGACUGCCAGUCUUGCCCAAGGUCCGCCUUUUGCCUUCUUCUACUUGGGGUAGACCAUGGCCCUGAGAGCAUGUGGCUUGAUCAUCUUCCGAAGACGCCUCAUCCCCAAGGUGGACAACAUUGCCAUUGAGUUUCUCCUGCUACAGGCAUCAGAUGGCAUUCAUCACUGGACUCCUCCCAAAGGCCAUGUGGAACCAGGAGAAAGUGACUUGGAAACAGCCCUUCGGGAGACCCAGGAGGAAGCAGGCAUAGAAGCAGGCCAGCUGACCAUCAUUGAGGGCUUCAGAAGGGAGCUCAGUUACGUGGCUAGAGAGAAGCCUAAAAUCGUCAUCUACUGGCUGGCGGAGGUAAAGGACUGCGAUGUGGAGGUCCGCCUCUCCCACGAGCACCAGGCCUACCGCUGGCUGGAGCUGGAGGAUGCCUGCCAGUUGGCUCAGUUUGAGGAGAUGAAGGCAGCACUCCAAGAAGGACACCAGUUUCUCUGUUCCACAGCGACCUGAACUGACCAGAGUCGGGUCUUUUGCCUCAGUAGGAUCCUUCAGGGCCUUCUGAGAUGAACUGCCUUCACUUCAUUUCACUUCCUUGGUCUUUGGCUCAUUAUAGCAGAGAGCAGAGAGGCUAGUAAAAUCAGCUGAGGACUCUCAGAGGAGAGCAAGCAAGAAUCUCUGCUAGGUGGAAAAGAAGGGAAAGGAGGAGUUUAAAAAAAAAAAAAAAAAGCCCAGGUCCAGUGAGUGCCUCCUUAUACUUUAUGAAUAAACUUCAAGCAGCUUCUCUCUCCCUCUAA